GUCAUAUGACGUCCUCCCAGAACACGCUCUCCUGCGCACCCCCAGCAGCCCGUACCCGGCAAUCUCCAUGGACACAGCUGAUCACGUGAUGUGGUAAAAGGCCAAUCACAGCAGCCUUUUGCCACAUGAUCAGCUGUAUCCAAUGACACAGCAGCUCACCGGUACUGCCGAUAACUGGCAAUUGUCAGAGAACAGAUCGGCACUGAUCAUCUGGGCACUGAGGAACAGUGCCCAGCAGUGCCACCCACCUGUGCCCAGCAGUGCCGCCCAUCAGUGCCCAUCAUUGCUGCAUAUCAGUACACCAUCAUUAGUGCCACCUCAUCAGUGCUGUCUAUCAGUGCUGCCUGUCAGUGCAGCCUCAUCAACGCACAUCAGUGAAGGAGAAAAAUUACCUGUUAGCAAAAUUUUAUAA